AGCAGAGCAGCAGAGGAGAAAAAGUAAAAGCAGCCUCAAAGAAGCUCGCAUCAGAAAAACUCCAAACUCGAAAUCGGUCUCGGUUUUUCAGAAGAUUUUCAGCGAGUAAUAGUCGUGGGUUAUGUCCGUCUAGUGAAAUAGAGUGUUUUUCUUAGUUUGCCAGUGCCAGAAGUAUUAGAAUUUUGAUUGUGAAAUUGAGCCAGACCGUAGCAGCGAGCAAUCUGGACAAAGUGUAGAGGAAAAAACAUCUUCAGGGUUUCCUGAUAUGAAACAUUUUGUCAUGGCCGGUUUGCCGCUGAACAUUUGGAACAUUAAAGGCCAUCCAGAUCAUCGCCACAGCAUAGGUGACCCGCCAUCCAGUGCUGGAGUCUACGAACAAACACAAGUGAAUCAGCUAAAUAACCUUUCAGAAGAAAAGGAAGUAAAGUAUCUGUCUUGUAUUGAGCAGUCGUCAAUUUCAUAGACUGGUCUUUGGUGAAGUGCACACAUCGAUUGUGUGAAAAAGUGUGCAGGAUACACGUUUUGUUUAUAAAAAAAAAGAAAUAGUUAUUUUAGAUGAACGAUCUAAUUGAUGUGAGAUUAGAAAACGAACAACAAUGUCUACAGCAUCGUCCAACAAUAAUUCGACUUCAUCGUCACACGGCAGUCAAAUCGGAGGCGGUGGUACAACUACAACCAAUAGUAGUAACCUUUUGUCGUCCAAUCCGAACAUUGUCAUAUUGGAAAAUCAAAUUCUAGACAGUAACGAUGUCGUAGCAGCUGCCAGUUUGCAGCAGUUGUCCAAUGCCAAUGCACUCAAAAUGACAAGAGAAUGUAGCAUACAGUAUUCAAACAUGAUAAAUAGCUACUCGACGAAUAGCAACGCCAACAGCGCUACCAAUAGCAAUAACCAGUUGUCUACAGUGAACAUCAUACCUGGAGAUUCAAAUCAAUCGAAUUCCCGCGUACAGGUGCUCAGUAAUGUGCAACUGGUUUCGUCGAAGGGAAAUUCUCAGCCACCAACCUUUAGCUAUGUAGAUGCUAGUGGAAAAAACUUCAAUGUCCUGACAUCUAGUGGCAAAAUAAGUACCAACAAGUUGAUAAGUGUACCAAUAACAAAGGUAAAACCUUACAAUCAUAUUGGCCAACAACAACAGCAAUCGGCACAGCAACAGACACAGUUGAUUACAACUUCGGCGGCAAUGCAGCAAUAUUCUCAACAAACACAACCACUAAGCUCUGUACAGAAAGUGACAGUGCCCCGUAGCAUCCAAUUGGUAACACGAAUACCGAAUUCUACCAUUUCCGUAAGCAAUGGGCGUGUGUCUCAAAUAACUUCGGCUAUGAACUCAACGCAGCCACAGCCAUUGCAACAUCAGCAACCAACGUCACAAUACACCGUUCAUCAGUAUCAAGAAACUACCAAUAUGCACAUCCCAGCUGGAUUAGAAGUAAAAUCGUCAACGCUCUCUACUGCAGCGAUGAUAAAUUCCAGCAAUACGAUUGGUAAAAUUAAUUCUACCAAAAACAAAUCCACAGCCUCGUACAAAAUGCUACAGAAUACCACAAUAGCACAAAAUGCUAUUCCUAAACCUUCGGGUAAAAGUGUAAGCGUUAGUUUGAAAACCGUACGAAACAAUACAAAAAUGUCGUCUUCGACAGGCAGUGUCAAUUCACAAUAUUACAUUAAGAGUUCUACUGCUAGUGGAAUUCCUUUGCAACAACCUGCAACAUCGACGUCCAUUUACACCACGUCUCCAGCGCAGGCUGUAUACCACAAUCCAAUACCAUUACCGGUUCAACAACAACAACCACAAAUGUCACAAAUGCAAAUAUCAGUUGGAACUCCAGCUACUACGAGUAAAACUAAGGGAAUCUACAAAUCAUCGAAAAACCAACUGAUCCAAAUACCGCAGCAACAGCCACCACCAAAUCAAUCGCCACUCCGAUCCGUCACACCAUCAUCUGCAAACACAUUGGGUACCAUUACUUCAGCUUACGGAACAACGACAACGAUUGCCUCCGGCGGUAACACCAGUUCAUCGCAUUAUCAGGCUCGGUCAUUGUCGUCAAUAACUAAUACCAGCUAUCAUCAACCUUCGAAUAAUCUCUACACCGGCACAAGUGCACCUUUGUAUGAACCACCAAUGUCGGUUAUGCAUAGCACUAGUAGCAGCAAUAGUAGCGACCAUCAAACGACCAUACCUUCGGUCACUGUUACCGGGUAUACGGCCACUAGUCGACUUGGUCGAAAAUAUGCUAAUACCAGUGAUGGUAACCAGUUACAGACAAAUUCUCCUAUCAAAAUAAAAAACGUGGGGCGUGGACGGAAUAGCAGCAGUAGCUAUCAAACGGACAAUAACUCAUCUCAAAAGUACUCGGCUUCACCCUCUAGGCCGCAAACCCAGUACCCGACAUCCGUUUCCUAUGGUACCAACAGCGUUCAGCAGCAGCAGCAACAACAACCUCGAGAAGAUCCCAUUUAUAUUAACGGACAGCAGAUGACCGAUGAAGCUUCGGCCCGAAUGCUCCAGAGCUUGUCUCAAAAAUCAUCCGUAACCGACAAUAGCAGCAGCGGUGGCAAAGUGGGCUCUUCGUCCUACAAACAAUCGUCGCAGCUAAAUUUCUACGGUUCCGAUAGUGCACCAUUGGCAUCGACAAGCAGCUCGAGCACUUCUAACAGUGCUGCAUCCGCUCCCAACGUUAUCUAUGAUCCGAGUGAUGCUCGGUUCUACGACGAUAAGCAGGAUAAACGAUCGAGCACAUCGGAAAUUAUCACAUAUGCUGGUAACAUUCCAUUGCGGGAAGGUUUCCCUCCUUCGUACAACUACAACCAUCGGGAAGAUGAUGAUCUAGUCGGGGUGGAAGUUAGGCCAGCACCUGUAGAUACCUCAAACGGAAGGUAUUAUGUAUUGCAAGCUGUGCUGCAAGAUCACACGUAUUUCGCGCCGAUGCCGGAACCAAAAUUACCUGAAACACAGGCCACAUCCUCGCAUCAGCAGUUGUUACCGCCGGUAAUCUCUUCAACGUCGAUACCGCAGCAACUAACAACUACUAUACACGGUGCUCCAUCACAUAUGAUUCAGUUGCAUAACAUUUCCCAGCAAAAUUCGAUUCAAUCAUCGCAACCAUCACAGUCACACUCGUUGUAUCAAUACAUACAUCAACAGCAACAGCUGCAAUCGAAAUCUCCGGUUCUGAGUGGAACUACAUUUGUACCCACCUCAUCCGUGGUAUCUGCUCCUCUGCCGGUCAGUUUGAAUAUGUCGAUUGCAUCCGGGUCUGCACCAUUGACUCAGCAUAACUUGAACGCUUUGCAAGCAACUAUGGCCGUUACAACGACCAAUUCCGCAACACCCGUCUGCACUUCCCAAAUACAGCCGACUGCAUCGACCGGCGAACCCCACAUCGGUGGUGGCGUGCUCGACUACAUUUAUCAGAAACAGCAACAACAACAACAACAGCAAGACGAUGAUGCAAACUCAAUUAUCAGUACCGGUUCGCGAAAUUUUAAUAAUUUAGACAACGAUGCUGGCGAGGAAACCGAAACCGCUCCGGAGGGCGAAGGGGAAGACGAUUCGAUAACGCGUUGUAUCUGUGAUUUAACCCAUGAUGAUGGCUACAUGAUUUGCUGCGACAAAUGCUCUCGCAUUCUUCAUAUUCAUGACAGUGCCUGGCAGCAUGUCGAUUGUAUGGGCAUCGAUCGAAUGAACAUCCCGGACGAGUACAACUGUGAAGUUUGCCAACCGCGUGAGGUGGACCGAAAUCGUGCUCGCAUGUUACAGCUGGAAAAACGCAAGGAGCAGUCUCUGUUUUUAACGAACAACAACCUGCAGGUACCAACUGCGGCAGGAAUCUCGGAGUGUGCGGUUAGCAGCACAACUGCAAACUCGGCGAGUGGGAACAUUCCCGGAUCUUCUCUGAGUUCAACUAUUUCCAGCGGCAAAGGAGCGAAUCAAUUCACAACAGGAAAAGGUCUUGGUGGUGCUAAGAAAGGUAAAGCGGCAAGUGCUGCAUCUAAAAAGAAAACCACGAGUGAAAGUUCGACAAAUAAGAAACCAAGCAAGAAGGCAUUAGAAAGUGCAUUGAACAGAAUAAAUGGUAAACGUAAAGAGCUCAAGCGACCAUCCAAGAAGAAGGUCAAAACGGUAGAACAAAAUGCAGAAAAAAUGACAAAUAUGAUCCGUACCUGGAUCGACAACUAUGAAAGAGCGGUAACCAAUCACUACUCCCCAGAGCUACGAGCUCGACUACAAGCAUUCGGUAAAAUGCAAUCCCAAAAUCCAUUGCUUUGUUCAGACCGUCUAAUCCCAGCGACGGCUGUUAACAAUUUGGUGCAGAAAUGCACUACGGUGCCACACGCUGGAGGUAAAAUUCUCAUCAGCACCGGUGAUAUAGGGCCAAGUACACCGAUUAUUGAGAUACGAGGAAAGUACAUGAUCUCUUCUCAGCACAAACCUUUGCAGUCAUUGUUCAACAUGGCAGCCAAUGGUAAAUUGGCAAAUAACAAAAAUGCUGGACCGUUUUUAUUCCUUUAUCAAGUUCCAAACGGUGGAAUUGAGUUAUGCGUAGACACGAGAACUUAUGGUAAUGAUGCCAGAUUUAUACGAAGAUCUUGCAGGCCAAAUGCCGAAAUUCUACACAAUGUUGAGAAAGGCGUUGUACAUCUUUACAUCGUAUCAACCGCAAAUAUCAAAGCCAACACUGAAAUUACUAUCAAGCAUGACGAACAUUUACUGCAAAGGGUAGGUGGAGUAAUAAUUCUUACACAUACGACCGUAACGAAUCUUUGUGCAUGUGGACUUAUCAAAGAGUGUCAAUAUUCCGCCCAGUUGAGUGAGGCUUUACUACCAACAACAGGCUUUCCUCCAAAUGCUCCAGGAACUAACAUAUUGAAUAGUGCAAACCCUACUGCAUUUUCUUUGACGUCUGUAAAUGUCCCAAUGGUUGGUUCUACCACUACCAAAACAUCAAAGAACAAGAAAAGCAAUGGAGCAUUUGGAGAUGGUGAGAAGAAACCGACCAAGAAACGCAACAGUCGAUCGACAAGUUCUACUAUCGAAAGUCGACUGCGAUCUAUAUCUUCUAGUGGAGAUAGUACGAAUGAAAUGAUGCUUCUCCAGCAACAACAACAACAACAACAAACUUUGCUUCAGCCACCAUCAAUUGGUCCUCCACAAUUAUCACCGAUGCAUGUACAUGGUCAAUUCCAUCAAUUCAUUGAGCAGCAACAGAGUCAAACAAACACUUUACAGUUUGUGCCUCCGCAACAGCAAACAACAAUGUCUGCUCCGAUAACACCUAUCCAACAGCAGCAACAGAUUAUGCAAUCCCAAUACUCUAUCGGACAAGCAAUUUCGUCAGCUUCCAUUCAGCAACAUCAACAACAACCUGUCUACUUAUACAGUCCUACAUCGACAUCUCAAUCUCGAAACUUGUCACCACACACAACGGCAAUAGCGCCUCAUAUGCAAUCACCCCAGCCGAUGAGUCCCCUGGGAGGAAAUAUGCGACCUGGAUUCUACAAUGAAAUCAAAUCGCCUAUCAAUUCUCCACCGCCGCCGAAAAGUGGACUACCAGCACUAUCUGUUCCAUCGACGAUUCCACCGAAUAAAUCGAUCAACCAUCAACCUUUGCAAUCACCAAUGAUUCCAAAUCUGCCGGAACAACAAUCAGCAAACAACUCAACGCAUUUCCUUCAAACAAGCGAAGAGCGACAGGAUAUUAUCCAAGAAAAACAACAGCAGCAAUAUUUAGCUCAACAGAAAUGCAUGGAGGACAUUUUGCGAAUAAAGAUAAAAUCACCAGUGGCAAGUCCCAUCAAACAGGAACCAUUGACACCAACUGCGAUUAAUACUGGCAUGUUAUCACCUCCUCCACCACCACCAAUUCCCCUGAAUCAAAGAAUAGUAUCUGCGGAAAACAUGAAAAAAGAAUUAUUCCAUUCCCACUUUCAAUUGUCUCAACCGUCAAUCCGAGAACCCAUUAUGCCAUUGAAUUCAGUGUUAGCUCAACAACAACAACAACAACAACCACAAACGUCGAGUCAACAUCAACUACAACCGCCGUACAUUUCUCCGAUAGCGGUGCCACCAGCAACUAUCAAAAUCGAAUAUCCAAAGGUAGAAGUCAAGCAGGAAUCGUCGUACUCAUCGCUCUCAUCGAUAGAAACAGAACCAAUUACUUUACCGACAACCGUGCCGACAACUCCGAUCAAAGACGAAAAACAAAUCAAAGUAGAUCAAACAGUGCUGCCUGAGCCAAAAAUCGAGCCCGAGUCUCUAAUUGAUUCCACAACUGUAACUAUUAAAAAAGAAGAGGAGUCCGACUUCCAGAACGCAGAAUAUCCGCCACUUCUGGGUUCACCAGCGGAGGAAAUCAAGCAGGAAGUUGUACCAGCAAGCAACAGGUCAUCUCUUCCCGACAGUGCUACAAAUUCUCCCGUUAAGCAACCAAUGCAACCGGGAAAUAAUAGCAGUAAUAAUAGUACCAACAGUUCUCCUCACUCUACGCAUCAUCAAAGCAGCAGUAAGAAGAAAGGUAGUUCCAAGGAAUCUCAUCGUCAUGCACAAAAAGAAGAAAAGAAGCCAUCUCGGAAAUUGACCCGUGAGGAGCGCAAAAUGGAAGCCAUCGUCAAGGCCUUUGAGAAAAUGGAACAAUCGCAGCAACGCAAGCAAGAACUUAAGGAACAACGUAAGGAAGGAAAGCGGAGAAGUGUUUCCUCGUCAACUCCAGAUGAAAGUGGCGUGCCUUCCGGGGGCAGUUCUUCAAAGAAAAAAUCUCUCGGAGGACAGAAACGAAAGAAAAAGAAAUCAAAGUCUAUGAGCUUACAUUUUGGUUCACCAAAUCAAAGUCGAAAGAAGAAGGUUUCUAAAACUUCAAAGAAGAGCAAUUCUUUACGAGUUCGGUCACUGACCAACGAAAACAGUAAGAUCCGUCCUGCGUACGAGAGUGGAAAAGCGGCCGAAUUGUUGUUGACAUUUUCACAAUCUAAAGAGCCAUCUGCAGCGUCGUUUUUCGGCGAUGAUGUUAAACCAUUAUCUGCAAAUGCGGAAACGCUAGAGAACAACACCAUAGAUGGUAUCCCUAGAUUAAGUUCGGCAUGUAUGCUCAUUGAGGCAGCAGUUGCUCCUUUGGAAAUGCCUAUUACGAGUCCCAUUGAACAAGACUUCAAGUUCCCACAAAAAGCUAAAACUAAAAAGAGUAUGAGUCGUGAAUGGCUCAGUGGUCAAACUGGUGAUACUGUUUUAAUAGCAACGCAAAGAAUUACACCAGACCAAGAUUCUGGUUACAUCAGUGAGGAAAAGACAAAUUCUACAACCUUCACACGACAGUUGACGACUAUUGAUGAAUCCGUUCGAACUCCCUUGGGUGUUGAUGUUAGUGAGCCAAAUAUGUGCAUUGCUGCAAGGAAGGUUGAAGAAUUCAUCGCUCAAAGCUCUCCUCAUCAGGAAGAAGUUGGGGGUCAACCAAUUUUGAAUAGCAGUACAUCAGUGACACCAAUCAAUACACAAGAACUGACUCCAACAGCUGUUUCUACCGCAAGCAGUUCGUCAGAAAGUGCUGCUGCUAAAAAACGUUGGCUACGGCAGGCCAUAUCGGAAGAAACGGAUGAAUUGAACCAAGCAUCGUCAUCUCCGCCUCCACCUAACGGGUUUACAACACCACUUAAAAAAAGACGUGUAGUCCGCCAGUCGGAAGAAAACAAUCCUAAUCAGAAGCAGCAGCUUGAAUCUUCCACCAACAAUUCAAAUCUGGUUGCAGCUCAAAAAAUUGAUUUUAUAGGAAAUGUGCAGUCUCAGGUGAUUUCCAACUACACCGAUAGCGGUAUGUAUUGGUCUAAUCCCGGUAUUUCCACCCUCAAUUAUCAAACAUCACAGCAACUGCACACAACACCGGAAGCUAAACAAGCCAUGGAUUUGUCGCGGACCGCUGCUGUAAGGAUGAAUAACGCGCAAUCACGAAUUCAACCAUACAAGAUUGUGCCAUCUCUCACGCCGCUUCAUUUUGCUGAUCCAGAUCCAUUGCCAGUGCCCUCAACGAUGCCAUUGAUAGCUCCAAGACAACCAUCCAUCAUUCCACCACCGAUUAUACAAAAUCAUCAAUCACAGUCAGUAGCAGAAUCUCAUCCGUCAUUACUGUUGCCGCCACCAGUCGAACUACCUUCGAAUGCUUCCACAAUGUAUGAAUCGGGAUCAGCAGAAACAAUUCCAGCUUCAGCAGUGGCAGCAAUGGUUCCGGCGUCACUGUUACCACCGGAUACAACCUACAACACUCCCGUGCGUAUAAUCACCCGCAGCAAAGGUAGUCAGAAAUAUAUUGGGAGUCCGGCCAAAUUUGAAUCCUCGUCGCCGGCUGGGUCGCAAAACUCAUCGGUUGCGGAAACUCCAGAGAAAAUUUCGAUGACCGCUAAUAGCAGUUGCAGUACCAGUGUUGCUAAUUCGGACGUCGAAGAAGAGUGUGCCAUUGAAGAACCCGCCGUAGCUGCUCCUUCGAUACCUGAAGAAAGUUGUAUCGAAACAAUGCAGAGUUUGCCUAGCAAUGAAAUUAAAAGCGACGUAAGUGGCGGUUUAUCAGAACAGGAAUGUAGUGAAAAAACUUUAGAAUGUUCGAUUGAACAAGUCAGUAGUGCAGAGACUAUCAUUGAUCAAGAAGUUUUGAUUGAGGAUGAAAUGGUUGUAGAGGAAGAGAUUGGUCUUAUGAACACCAGUGAAAGUGUGGAAUGUGAGAAGAACAAUACUUCUGAAAUGUUUGUAAAAGAAAUCCCAGUGGAAAAAAGUGUUGAACCAGUAACAGAAAUAAGUAAACCGCUAAAUGGCCAAGACAAGAGCAAGGCAACAAAAGUUUCUACUGAAGAAGAUAAGGACACUUCAGAGAUGGAAGAUUUACAAAAAGUUAUAGCAUCUUUUCACUCGGAAAGCAUAAUGAAUUUGAUUUCUCGUAACAAAAAAUCAAAGAAAAGCAUUAGUCGAGAAAAUAGCGCUGAGAGAAAAAAGUCUCGUUCCCGAAAAAAUUCCAAAGAUAUGGCGGUUUCCAGUAGCAAAGAAAACAGUGUCACUCCUCCAGGUUCACCGUCAGAGGAUGUUUUGGAUGGACAAGAAGUAGUGGCGCAUGAAGCUAAUGUUGACAUGUGUGACUUUAAAUCUUCAGAGCCUGAAAGUAUGACUAAGCCUUCAUCUCCUCCAAUUGCUGUAACUUGCCCACCCUCGUCAUCAGCGGAUACACCUGUUACAACCUUUGGAAGGUCAUAUUCACACCCAUCUUGGCAUUCGACCGAUCUACCAACGAUUCAACGGGAAUCAAGUGAAAUUAGUAGUUUACCAGUUCUCAAACCAGAUAUUCCCCAGUUAAGCUACAAUUCUCCCAGUACCUAUCAAUCAAAUGCUGCACGGAAUCUACUAUCCUCGUUAUCUGUUGGUUCCGAACCUCUGUCGACUUUGGGUAGUUAUCGUCCCAGCAGCUCGUCGCUGCUAGAUUUCCACAAAACGACAGCCAACAUUGGUUCGAGCACAUCAACACUAGCAAACAGUAACAGCACUAAUUCUAGCAGCAUUUACCAGUAUCGACCAUCAUCUACCGAAAUUAGCAAUCUGCUAGAAAAGGGAUUUAGCAGUUCACGAUCAUCCAGUCUUUCCACACUUGGAACAGAUAGACCUGUCGGUAGCUCGUUUCUAUUUUCCAGUCCAAAAGUUAGUGAAAAUUUGUCGACUCUAGGAGGUAGUGCAAAUACACCUUAUCCGAAGAUUUUCACAAAAACUGCCAGUUCGGAUCCACGAUUGAAUCCAGCUCUAACAAUACCCGAGCCAGUUGCGCCCAUUACACCAAAACGGAAGCUAUCAAUUAAUGAAUACCGUCAACGGAAGAUGCAAUCAAGCAGUAGCGUUGGAUCAUCGGGUUUAGUCGAGGCAUCCAGCGCCUGUACAACUACAACAUCAAGUUCGUCCAGUUCAACGGUAUCCUCGAGUAACUCGAGCGGUAGCAACAGUCGCGAUGGCGGGAACAACGUUAUUAGUAGCAGUCUGGGCAGCAACGAUGUCAGCAGUUCCAUCAGCAAAGAAUUAAGUUUAGAAUUGGAGUUGGAACUGAACAAAUUGGACCAAGAUAAUAGUGAAGCAAGCUCACCGAACGAUUACGUUUGUACGACAUCCGCAACGGCUUCGUCAACGAAAACGGAAACGGAAUUGUGCUCUUCGGCUGUUUUAUCUGCCGAUGGUAAAGAUCACGGAGUUUCUGAUAAAAGUGGAUAAAUCGUUGAAACGAAUUGAAAGAUUUAGAAUCAUGUUGUUUUGUCUUCAAUCAACGCGAUCGGUGGAAUCUGCCAGGAAAAAUUAAGAUGUUGAUCCUGCUGCAUUCAAACGAUGGAAGGAAACGCUGUAACGUCCGAGAUCCGUCAACAAAAAAAGGAAAUUUGUUACAAGGUUUAUGUUUUACUUAACAUUUCCGAGCACCGGAUACCAUGGGGAUUGGAAAACAGUGAUAAAUUUAGGCUAUAAGCCCCGAUAGUUACGGUACACAAUAGGGGCAUUUUUAGGAUGUUCUGGCUGGGGAAAGUAGAAUUUUUAUCCUACUUCUUGUGGAAGUAUUAAUAUCUGCUACGGAAAAGCGAUCUUAUUGUCUGGAAAAGCUAUAAGGAUUGAUUAAAUUGUAAAAUUUAGAAUUUUUAAUCUUAAGUGCGUUGCUGAAGAUUGUGGUAGAUACUAAGUCCGAAGUACACACACAAAUUAUAGUACAAGCUUCUUUUUUCGAAGCUGUCCUUGUAAAUUAUCUAACAAUAUACAAUUUGGAAACUUAUUUCAUUUAUCCCAUUUAUUGAAGGAUUUAGUUUGGAUAGCAACAAUCGUGCUCGUUACGUUUACAUAAUCUUAUUGUAUUCAGAAAAAAGUUCGUUCUAUCAUGUCAACUUCUAACUCUUUCAUUUCACCCGUCGACCAUUUAUAUUAAAACAUUUAUCCUCUAUUAAUAAUCUACAUGAAAUUUUUGAUGAGGACUCCUGUUAGCUAUUCGAACGAAAGGCCUUAUUUUUUUUUCAUUCGACCAUUAAAAUAAAAAUGCAUGCACUUUUAAAAGGGACAUUAUUUUCUAACAACCCACCAAUUGUGAUGAAACAUCCCCUGUAAAUAGCUGUACAUAUCAAUUAUCAUCCACGGAUGAUUUGUGAAGAAAAACAUGAAUGAUCGAGGAUAAUAUUUGGAUUAAUAACGGAAAAUGUUAUUAUGUAAAAUAGUACAAAUAUACAGAACGAUUAGCUAUAAUGACAGUGAUUCACUAAAAGUGAACUCCUAACAAAACUAACUGGAGGCAUCUUCCUGGAAGAUCAGCUACCCUCCCAUAGAAUGCAUCAAAAUAAAAAGAGAUAAAAAGAUUUUAAUCAAAAUUAAGAUCAGCAUUAAGAAUUUGCGGACUGGAACAUAAACGGAGCGAAUGAUUCAACAAACAGGGAAUGGAUUAAGAACAGUAAAUCAAAAAGCCCCCGCAGUCUAAGCUUUCUUUAUUUUAACCUACAUUUGACCCAAAAGAGCACUUUUCCCAGACAUUAUUAAGCCGUAGAUGAGUAAAAAGUACAUAAGAUAAAAAUCUAAGUAAUAUAAAUCAACCCGUAACUGUAAGUUAUGUUGAUUCAGCUAAAUAUUCUCAUAAAACAAAACAAAGUAAAGCAUGAAAACCUAAUAUAUGAAAUUGCGAAAGAAGCGUUUUUUGUUGAUAUUUUUAUCGAUUUUAUUUAUACCAGUUGUUGUAAGUAAAAACACGCAAAAACGAACCUACUUUUAUCUUAUGGAGGUGAUUUUUUUUAACUAUUCAUCCAAUCGAAGCAGAAAAAUGAGUAAGCGAGGAUCUAUCCGAUGCGGUGCGUUGAGGAUCUCAGCAGGGUGUGUACAUUUGUAUGAUAGGAAGGAAACAAACAGUAAGUGAAUCGGGCGCUCAAAUGCAUCGAAAGUUUUUUGAUUAGGCAAGCAUAUGUAGCAUAUAUUAAGUUUAAAUGUUCUCAUUUGUAUAUUUAUAAUAUUUUAUGUACAGCAAGUUACGCAAGAAAACAUGUAAAUUAUAAAUUUAAACACAGAUCAAACGCAAAUGAAAUAAAACAGAAAUAUUGAAAUCUA